AUGAUCACCCUUCUCUUCCUGGUCCAGCUCCUCAGCGGCAUCCCCCUGUCCGCCGCCCUGCUCUACGGCGCCGUGCGCCUGCUCGCCCACCUCCUGCGCGGCCGGCCUCUGGGCUCCGGCGCCGGCCGCGGCGUGCUGGUCACCGGCUGCGACAGCGGCUUCGGCCAGCAGCUGGCCCGCCGCCUGGACGCCGGCGGGUUCGUGGUGUUCGCCGGGUGCCUGUGCCCGGAGGGCGCCGGGGCCCGGAGCCUGGCCCGCCACGCCUCCGCCAACCUGCGCGUCCUCAAGCUGGACGUGACGAGCGAGGCCGACGUGGAGCAGGCCAAGAGGACGGUCCAGAGGAACCUCCCGCACAGAGGUCUGUGGGCCGUGGUCAACAACGCCGGGGUCACAGACUGGGCUGAGAUCGAGUGGAGCUCCGCGGAGGACUUCCGGGCCAUAGCGGAGGUCAACCUGUUCGGGAGCAUCCGGGUCUCCAUGGCCUUCCUGCCCCUGGUUCGGGCCUCCAAAGGUGAGCUCGGUCCGCGUAGGGGGCCGGGCUCCGCCGCCAGCCCGGCACCGGCUGACCAACUGCCCGCUUCUCCUGUUGCAGGUCGGAUGGUUUACGUGUCCAGCAUCUUUGCCUUCUUCCACUGCCUGAACAUGGGGGCGUACAGCGUGUCCAAGAGGGGGCUGGAGGCGUUCGCGGACUGCCUGAGGGUGGAAAUGGCCAGUUUUGGCGUGAAGGUCAGCAUCAUCCAGCCGGGCAAUUUUGCCGGCGCCACCAACAUCGUGCGGCCGAAGACCGCCCUGGACAUCUGGACGAAGCUGGACGCCGAGCGCAGGCGGAUCUUCAACAGGGAGUACUUGGAGGUGGCCGCCGGGUACUUCUCGUCCACGUGCCGGCAGGGCUUCCAGCACGCCGAGCCGGUGGUGGCGGCCAUGCUGCACGCCAUCACGUCCGGCCGGCCCAAGCGCAGAUACCUGCUGGUGUCCGCGCUGGACGCCUUCUUCUUCAGGCUCUUCCCUUUCCUGCCCGCCGCCCUGGCCGACGCCGUGUUCUCCCUCAGCUCCAUGUACGCCAAAAGAGGGGAGAUGCUUUAUGCCAAGUCGGCCGCAGAUGAAGCCGACUGCUCUUAA